UUUACACGGACUGGGCCAACCAUUACCUGGUGAAGUCGGGCCGUCAGCGACUGAUCAAGGACUUGCAGCAGGACGUGACAGAUGGAGUGCUACUGGCUGAGAUCAUACAGGUUGUGGCGAAUGAGAAGAUAGAAGACAUCAAUGGCUACCCUAAGAGCCGGACUCAGAUGAUUGAGAACAUUGAUACCUGCCUUGGAUUCCUGGCAGCCAGAGGGGUGAACAUCCAGGGGCUCUGUGCAGAGGAGAUUCGUAAUGGGAACCUGAAGACCAUUCUGGGUCUGUUCUUCAGCUUGUCCCGCUACAAGCAACAGCAGCCGCAGCAGAAGGUGUUGAAACAGCAGGCCUCUCAUCAGCCAAAGCACAGCUCCCAGCCUGGACAUACUCCCCAUAGAUCACCAGCCCCCUCUCACACCCACAAUACCCACAGUUCCACUGCAUCAGAACACAAAGCAGCAUCAGAUAUGCUGUCCAGGUGA